GCAAUACCGCUUAAUUUUAUUUAGCUGUCGCUUUUCUAUAGAUGAAAUACUUUUACACUUGAAAGGCGACAGUGACAGCGCAAGUGAGACAAAAGCGAAUGUCAACAAAACAAAGCGCGAGUCAUCUCCCGGUGACAGCAACCGGUGACAGCCCGACCACCCCGAGCCCUCGCGCGCGGACGCAUGGUUGUAUACCAAAGCAAUACAAAUCAUAAUAAACUCGAGGUUACUGCGGAUAUUAAUUGUCUGUGUCUCCACAGCCUCAAAAUUAAAUUAGCCGGCACGAACAAAGCUAUAGCUCCUCAAGAAACUGGUGGCCAUUCUUGACUCUUAGGUGGAAUUUAUUUGAAAUUGAAAUGGCGGUGUCCGUGAGCGAUCUCGCUGCCCUACUACAAAACAUUUCCAUUUCUUCUGAACCGAAGUCCGGUCUAGAUGAGCUGAAAAAUGUUCUUUCAACCCUUCGCAUUGAUCACAUUCAGAAUGCAGGAGGUGAACUUGACCUGAGGAUACUUUUUGACUGCCUUAACAGCUCGAGCAAGGAGCAAGUGGAGACAUCUUCAGAUGUUCUGGGAAGACUUUUGGCUGCACUUCCAGCAACAGUCAACAUCCAGAGAUACCCAACUGAGCUGGACCGGGCUCUGAAUCAUCCAACUGAGGCCGUAAAGUUGCUGGUGCUCAAACAGGCAGAAAGAUGCAUCACAGAUGAAAAUGCUCUGAAGAUUCUGAAGCAGCACUCAGGCUUUUUAAAGAACAUCAUUAGUUGCAUUGGGUGCGCCGAGGCGGCGCCGGCGGCGGCGGCCGUGCGCGUGGUGACGUCACUCGCCCGUCACGGCCACCAGGAGGCGCUGCUGGUGCUGAGUCCGCCGCUGCUGGACCAGCUGCGACAGACGAUGGCCACCAGUGACGUGGUCCGCUAUCGAGGAUAUGAGGUGGCGGUGAGCGUGGCCUGCUCGUCGCGAGAAGGGAUGAAGCUGGUGACGGACGUGGGUCUCCUGCCGGCGCUGGUCCAGGAGGCGUUCGGUCAGGACAUCCUGGUGCAGCUGAACGCUCUGGAGCUGCUCACCACCCUCAGUCAGAGUGACCACGGGUUCGACCACCUCGAGUCGGAGGGCGUCACCCAGCGGCUGGAGAAGCUGGUCACGGCGCCGGACGAGCACCCACUUCACGACUACAUCCUACCAGGUGUGAUGAAGUUUUUCGGCCAGGUGGGCCACGACCGGCCGGAGCACGUGCUGAGUCGAUACCCGGGCUUCGCGCGCGCCGCGCUGGCCAUGGUCGGCCACCAGGAGCUGAGCCGGCGCCUGGCCGCGCUCGACACCGUCGCCUGCCUGGGCAUGACGGCCGCUGGAAAACGGGCACUCAGCACACUGGAGCCGGCGAUAACUGACUGUGUGACGGAGAUCGGGAGGCUGGCGCAGAACGCCCCCACCGAGCUGCGGGUGCGGGCGCUGGACACCCUCACACAGCUACUGCAGAUUAAGGCUGCUGACCUGACGGACGACCUGCUGACACUGACCCGGACCUGGUUCGCGGCCGUGGCCCCGCAGCCUCUGGACAUGAUCUGGUCGGUGGCGCGCCAGCCGUUCCUCGACCUGCGGCUGGGCGCACUGCGGCUGCUGGCCGUCGUGGCCGCGCUCGACUGGGGCCAGCAGAUGAUGGUGCAGCGCGCAGGGUUCGUCGAGUACCUGCUGGACCGCUCCACCGAGUCGAGUAAGGAGGGCCGCGACGCCAAGUACGCGCUGGUGACGGCUCUGGUCACCUCGCGCGGCGCCGCGCAGCUCCCGGCCGACCUGCUGUCCCAGCUCACCACCUACCACGAGCAGGGCGCCUUCUACGUGAGAGCUCAGACAGAGGUGGCCCUGGAGGAGUCCAGCUGAGAACGCCGUCCGAAGUGCCAUCUGAUCCCCCUCUCCAGUCACCUGCGGUCCUAUGGGGAGAGACGGUGUUCGUCGUCUCCCUCAGACCGUCGGUAUGUUCCAGCGUUGGUGUAUUUCAGCGCUGGUGUGCCGCCGCCCGUCCCGCUGCCAGCACUGCCCCCGGCUGUCGGUGUGUGUGCGCCCCAGUCUGCGGCGCCGGGCUGAAGCGCUGUUGUGAUACUUUGCGGGCGCCGCCGAGCGGUGAGCGGCCGCCGGCGCCGUCCGCUGAGCCGAGUCUGUAAUACAAGUGAGUCUUCUGA